ACUAAUUACUUCGUCGUCGUCUGAUUGUCUUGCACAUGAGAACUCUGCGUCGCGCGACACGGGCCUACCCGAGCAGGAGGGUCCUUGUUGCUCCGGGACGGCGUGACCAGCCCAUGGGGAGGAGCUCCCACGAUGGCGAGUAUCGAGGCGUGUUUCCGGCGCAUCCUUUAGGCAGAUGUUGCAGUACACCCCGCAGCACUCCGGAUACCCACCGCCCGCGCCGGCUCCAGCAAUAAAUCCCGCCCGAUCAUCUCCGGCCCCGACUUAUUCGGGAUAUCCACCGCCCCCGCCGGCUCCAGCAACAAAUCCCGCCCGAUCAUCUGCGGCCCUGAUUUUCUCAGGAUAUCCACCGCCCGUGCCGGCUCCAGCAACAAAUCCCGCCCAAUCAUCUCCGGCCCCGACUUAUUCGGGAUAUCCACACCCACCCAGUACCCAAGAACACAAUUAUUAAAAAAGUCCACCUACGGUUCAACGGAGGGAAGGGAAAGUGGGGCGUCGAUUCAACAUACACCGACUGCAACAUCCUGCUGUGAAGAGUCAACCUGGUACAACUGCCGCGCCUUCCAUCCCCGCCCAUGGACAUGUCGAACAUGGAGGGGUAUUUCCUCUCGCUGGAGUACUGGUUCGUAGCGGCCGGUCUACCAGCGACGCAGGACCUGCGGCGUUUCCACUUCGUUAUGGCGAAGGUGCCACCGCACGUCCUCCAAGAAUUCAAAAUAAAAUGGGAGCAGGCCCCCACAUCGAGCAAAUACGAGUACGCGCGGAAGGUGCACACUGAGCAUAACUCGGAAUAUCAGCAGCGGCAUUUACAACGGGUCCUGUCGGAGAUGACCCUGGGCAACCAGAAGCCGUCGCAGCUGUGCAACGAAAUGCUCAGAGUGGCGAAAGACGCCAUCUCAGAAGAGCUGCUUAUGAAUUUGUGAGCCACCCAACUACCAACGAACAUCCGCGAUAUCGUCGUCGCCCACCAUGAGCCAUCCUCGGAAAAGACCCCCAUCGCGGACGCUAUUACAGAGAGCCAACGCUGGAGGCCGAUCAACGCGGUCGUGUCGCCCAAGUCGGUUGCACAAACGCGCACGGCAGCGCGCUUCAUAUAGAAUAACUUUUAAGAAAUGGAGAGUUACAAAAGAGCACGCAACGCAAUAUAAAGAACAGAAGAAAAAAUCCUUA